CAAGGUGAUCUUUCCAUGAGUUCAGGUGGGUCAGGUGGAAGAGCUGCGUCAGGAGGCUCCAGUGGCACAAGCAGCUCAGUUGUGGUAACAUCCAGCCGCUCCGGUGGAUCAGGAGCAAGCAAUGGCACCGGAGGCAUCAGCAUCACGACUGCGGGAGCAUCCUCGGCUGAUGGUUCUGCAGCCUCUGGGGGCUCCGGGGCAGCGUAUAGAGCUGCUGGAGGGGGGUUCUCCGGCAUCUCCUCUGGUUUUACCAGUGAUGGCAGAGAUGGAAAAAGGGAGUGGGGUCAAGGCUCUGUUUCUACAGUGACCAGCUACACUUCAGGUGGAUCCGGAGAAGCAAAGAGAGGGUCGUCUUCUGCGAUCACUUAUUCUCCAAAGGAGAGGAGGAGCAUGAGCAGCAUGACAGCAGCUCUCUCCGAUGUGUUUGAUGAAAGUUCAAGCACAAACUCUUCUCCAGAGUACAGCAGGAAGGAGUACGGCACAUCAAAUGCAACGUCAGGCUCUGCCACCAGGGGGAGAACGCAGAGCAGAGAGAGUGAGAUCAGAGCCAGACUUCAGAGUGCUUCUCCCUCAGCAUGCUGGACGGAGCUGGAUGAUGUGAAGCGUCUGCUGAGAGGAAACUCCACCAGCACCAGCCCCCCUCGGUCCCCCAACAACACGCUGCCCAUCCCCAAGAAGGCCAGCGUGGAGGCCCGCAGCAUGUCUGAGAGCUCCACCACAGACAUCCCCUAUGGCAGCAUUUGGCCUGGAGGUGUGAGCAGUAGCUACAGUUACAGCCAAAACCCCAACAACCUGUCCACUAGCUCCACUCUUUACCAGUCAGGUCUAGGACUUCAGAACAACAUGUCUCUCAGCUCUCCCUAUGUGAGCAGUGCACAGUUUCUCUCUGCCUCAGCUCCAGUGUACGGUGUUCAGAAUAAUCUGACCAGCACCAGCCCCACUCUUCUCUCUCCAGCAGGAGCCAACUCCCCAAUAGUCUAUGGUGUGCAGAAAAAUUUGUCUGGCUCUGGAAUAAGCACAAGCACAGUGAGACCCAGCAGUCCCUCUGCCGACGACACCUCAGGAAAAGACUUUAAGUUUGUGCUGAUAGAGAAGGAGAACGCUCCCAUCAGGAACGAGUCAGAGAGGCUGGUCGUGACCAAAGACACAGGGAAGCAGUUCAUGUCUGCUGCACCUGCUGGUACUUCUGUGACCUACUCUGAAGACUCACUGAAGAGAGAGAAACAGAAGUUUUCAGCCAACACAGUGGCAGAAGGAACAGAUGCUAAAUCUUCAGCCCUGAAGGUUGCCACAAAAGACAAAGCUACAUAUGCAGAGAUCCGAAAAGAUGAAUCAGGUUUUGGCUUGUGCUCCUGGUGCAGCUGGUGGAAGUGGCUGCUGGGCCUCCUGCUCAGCCUGCUCCUCCUCCUCGGACUCCUCUUUGGACUCAUCGCUUUAGGUGAAGAAGUAAAACGCCUUAGGAACCGCGUUGAAGCCUUGGAAGCCAUCAGUGGCACCCCCUCAGCCAGAUCCAGUCGCUUGUCGGCCUCCUCUGGCAUCAACAUCAUCGACCCACUGGAUUCAGCAUAUGUGGACAGGAGUUCCGCUGGGUCCACCCUGACCCGCUCUGACAACAACAUCAACCUGGGGGCUGCUGGGCCGGGGGGAGGAGGCGCAGCGGGCGCACCGAGACAGGACAGCACUGCACUGCAGAGAACUGUUCAGCAGCUGAUCAGGGCUGAGCUCCGCUCGGAUGCUGUACGAGAAACACUAAAAGGAGAGAGAGGAGAGCCAGGAUCUAAAGGUGACCCAGGGGUGCUAGGACAAAAAGGGGAUAGUGGUUUCCCUGGUCUGCCAGGUCCCCAAGGGCAGAUGGGUCACCCAGGAUUGGAUGGGGCCAGGGGACCAAAGGGAAGUGCAGGUGAACCAGGUCCUGAUGGACCGCCAGGACAAAGGGGCCGUGAGGGACUGAUGGGCCCCCGUGGAGAGACUGGCCAACCUGGUUUUGGAGCGAAAGGAGAUCAAGGUAGAAAAUGUGGGCCAGGACACCCUGGUCCUGCUGGACCUGUUGGGCCAAAAGGUGACAAGGGAGAGCACGGAGCCUCAGGAAAUCCUGGUGCUCCUGGACCAAAGGGUUACCAGGGUGAAGCAGGAGCGCUAGGACCAAAGGGUGACAGAGGAAGUCCAGGGGUGCCAGGACCCAAAGGCGAGCAGGGAGAGUGGGGACCACGUGGAUCAGCAGGUCAACCAGGACCACUUGGACCACAAGGUCCUGUUGGACCAAAGGGAACUAAGGGGAGUACAGGUAAUGCAGGUUCAAUGGGACUUCCUGGAGUCAGAGGACCACCUGGACUUCCUGGAGAUAUUGGACCCCCAGGCAAAUCCGGGAUUCAAGGACCCCCAGGCAUCGCUGGAAACCCAGGACAACCUGGUGCUCAAGGUUCACCGGGUUUGCCUGGUAAUGUCAUCACUCCAAUUGGCUCUGACACUGUGGCCAUCCCCGGACUUCCAGGGCCCGCUGGGCCUCCAGGCCCUGCUGGAUCCCCUGGUUUGUCUGGUCCCAGUGGCCCAGUUGGUGUCCCAGGACAACCUGGUCCUAAGGGUACACAGGGUGAGAAAGGAGAAAGGGGACAGAAGGGAGAGCAAGGAAAACCUGGCGAGCCGGGCAUCAGCGUCAGAACAGGUUGGCCUGGUCCACCAGGACCCCCAGGUCCUCCUGGACCAUCUGGUCCUCAGGGUCCUGCCGGUGAGACUAAACAAGGUCCUCCAGGACGCAGAGGUCCUCCAGGAGAACCAGCUGUUGGCUAUCCUGGACCCCCAGGAGAGAAAGGAGAACCUGGCAGCUUUGUGCCUACAUCAGAGACCUUCUUUGCUGGACCACCAGGACCCGCUGGUCCAAAGGGUUCACCAGGCGAUAGAGGGCCACAAGGUUACCAAGGUGAGAAAAUUGUAAACAUCAGUCAUCGUGUCAUGAAUGACAGAUAUUAUACGCAACUUAAUGUUAUUAUGUUUGUUUCAGGUGAACCAGGUCAACCAGGUCAACCAGGUCUACCAGGGGCACCAGGUUUCCCAGGUCAGCCUGGACCUAGGGGGCCUCAGGGACCACAAGGACAUAAAGGUGAUGCAGGAUUCCCCGGAGCCUCUAGUGGCGGUUCAUUCAGUCCUGUCCCAAGUGGAAGAGAUGAAAGUACGACUGGAUCAACUGAUGUGGGCCAGUACAUCGCAGAGUACCUUCAGAAUGGAGCCAUCAGGGAAUAUCUGGCUGGACCUCCUGGGCCUCCUGGUGCUCCUGGUGCUCCUGGUGCUCCAGGAGCCCAAGGGAACACAGGGGAUGGGCUGGUUGACGAUGUGGCCAAUCGAGUCAUUGCCUUCAUUCAGAGUUCAGGUAGAGGGUACGAUGGGACUCCUGGCCCUCCUGGUCCUCCAGGUCCACCUGGUGCCAUCUCUGUAAAUGACAUAGUCAGUCUUUUACAACGAGAGGAUGUCAGGAGAUACGUUGCCGGUCCACCUGGUCCACCGGGACCACCUGGAGAUCCAGGUCACGGUGGUCAGGGAUUUAACACCCACCAGGUGGCUGAACGGGUGCUCAGUCUCAUGAAUGAGAAGGGAAUGGUCGGUGUCCCUGGACCACCUGGACCCCCUGGGCCUCCUGGUCUACCUGGAAACUUGUUAUCAACUGGGUAUCAAUCAAAUGUGGGCAUUCAGGGGCCUCCUGGUCCUCCAGGUGUCCCUGGUCUACAAGGACCACCUGGACCAGCAGGGCCACCUGGCCCACAAGGAUUUGGCAACUACAUCAGCUCUGAUAUUCGUGACUACCUGCAAAGUGUCGCUUUCAAAGGCUCACCAGGCCCCCCUGGUCCCCCUGGACCUGAGGGCCCCCCUGGUCCAAUGCAAGGAUUGGUCUCCUAUGCUGGGCAUACAGACAGAGGUUCAAUCACAACAGAACAACAAGAACAUUUCAAGAGUGAGUUUAAUCCAGGUCAAGCUCUGGGAGGAGCCAUGUUUGGGCUUCCUGGUCUGCCAGGCCCUCCUGGACCCCCAGGACACAAAGGAGAGCCAGGUGUGCCUGGCGCUACAUCCUGGAACCUGGAUACUGCUGACUACUCCAGUAUGGCUGUCCGAGUAACUGAUUACAUCAAAUCUCGUGGUGUGCUCCACGAUAUUGUGAGCGAGUACAACAGCCGCAUCUUCCAAGGACCUCCAGGACCGGCAGGCCCCCCAGGUCCGCCAGGAUACAGCGGACGGUCUGGUUCAUAUGGAAAUGCAACAGAACUGCUGGAAUACAUCAAAUGUGAGCGAGCUACACUUCACAAUGAACGUAACAGCCAAGGACAACCGGGACCACCUGGCCCUCCAGGUCCACCGGGACACAGCCGCUUGUUUGGUUCCAAUACAAACGUCUCUGAUUUGGUGGAAUACAUCAAAGCUCAUGGAGCCAUUGUAGGACAACCUGGGAGACCAGGACAGAAAGGGGAGAUGGGAUUCCCCGGCAUAAAAGGAGACAGAGGUGGACAAGGUCCUCCUGGGCGUCAGGGACACAAAGGACUAAAGGGUGACAGAGGAGAUUUCACAAUGAUGACCAAAAGACGAAGGAGGGACGUCGGCUUCUGAGAGCAGCGUCUCUGAACAUAUGGACCUUUUAAGUCAUAUCUCUUCUCUAUUUUCAACGAGUUGUGUAAGAAUAAGGACGGACCAUGAACUGAAGCACACACUAGAUGCAGCUCACUCGUUUGAUUUUGUAAGGGACAUGAUUGUAUUUUCAUUUCCAUAAAGAUUUAUGAUCAGAGAUGUACUUGUGAAAUCAGGGAUUAUGUAUAAUCAUGAAUAAGUCUGAUUGUAACAGACACUGUAUUGAGGGGUAUUAUUCAGUUUUUUUGCGUGGG